GAUCGUCGAGGCACUCCUGGACGUGAGCGCGAACGUUGACGCGCAGUUCCCGCAGGACGACAACAGCACGGCGAUCAUGGUCGCCUUGAAGCAACUCCGUGACAAGGAUCUCGUCCAUCUGCUUGUUGACCGCAACGCGUCGCUAGACUUGGCGAACAGUAAGCGCCAAACAGCGCGCACGAUAGCUAAGGAGGUCGGUAUGGAGCAGGAGCUGUUGUCGGCGGACCAGAGGAAGGCGAACAGGAACAGCUUCAUCGACUACAUCGUUUCGACCGUGCUGUUCGUGGUGUCGUACAUCAACCUUGGGAUGAUCAAGGACGCUGUGACGGGUGUCAUCGGGAAGAUAUUCAAGCUAUCGGGAAAACGGCAUCAGCAAAUGUGCACGUUACUUAGCACGUCUUGACGAACCUUACGA